UACAAUCAAAAAUGGAUAGACACAAUUUUAGCAGAUGCCCGCUUAAAAAGCGUCCCAUAAUGCUACACGACAUUGAGCCCUUGGAUAAUGAUGAAGGUCCAGUAGAUUUAAGCGUAGCUACAAAUAAAUGGAUUAAAGCAGAGGAGCCCUGUGAUCUUCAGAAGGAGACCGCUCCACAUGACGAACUAGCCCAACGAAUAUACGAAGAAACUCGAGAGAUAGCUCGUGCCUUUCCCGAUGUCUUCACACGAGAGGAAAUCGCACGGAGUUUGAUGCGUCUUGGAUAUGGAGAAGUGAGAAUAAGAGACGAACAACGGCGACCGGAGUCUUUAGGGUCUGCGGACUCAUGUCUGGACACUCAAUCCUACUACGACAACUAUAACAACAAUUCCACAAAGCUAAAUACAUUGGACUACAGUGACAGCACGCCGACAGAUCUCAGUCGAGAAUCACCGCAUUCGCUGGAGAAUGUCUCAAUGUAUGAAGAAGCCUUUGAACCUGAGGAUCUCACAGUCAAACCAGCCCCGAUCAGUCGAAGGAUUCUUGGAGAUAGCAAUGUGCGGCAAGACAUGAAAUCGGCCAAUGACCGCUACUACCAGUGCCAUACUUGCAACAAAUGCUACUCCACCUAUCCCGGCUUGGUGAAGCAUCAACAGCAGCAUCACCAUUGCGACUCGGACUACAAAGUCAUCCAUGUGGAUGUGCCAAUUGAGGAGAAGGUCAUAAAGCCAGUUCAAGUUCCGCGUUACCAUUGCAAGGACUGUGGCAAGUCCUACUCGACGUUUGCUGGACUUUCGAAGCAUCAGCAGUUCCACUGUCCCAGUGCAGAGGGCAACCAGGUGAAGAAGGUCUUUAGCUGCAAAAACUGUGACAAGGUCUAUGUCUCCCUGGGCGCCCUGAAGAUGCACAUUCGAACACACACUUUGCCCUGCAAGUGUCCAAUCUGCGGCAAGGCCUUCUCGCGGCCAUGGCUAUUGCAGGGACACAUCCGAACGCACACCGGUGAGAAGCCCUUCACUUGCCAACAUUGCAACCGAGCUUUCGCCGAUCGCUCGAACUUGCGAGCCCACAUGCAGACGCACUCCGAUGUGAAGAAGUACUCGUGUCCGACGUGCACGAAGACCUUCUCAAGGAUGUCUCUGUUGGGGAAGCAUCUUCAGAACGGAUGCAACUCAUCGUCAACCCAAAAUGAUGGAUUCUAUAGCAACAAUAGCGAUCUCAGUGGAGAAGAAUCAAAUAAUGGCAUUCCAUACAAUAUGCCACCAGAGGAGCAACAUCUUCAAUUUCAGCAGCAUGUCGCAGAGCGAUUUUAUCUACCAAUCAAAGAAGAGGGCCGUCAUUAGGAGGAGGAAAAUUAGAUUAAUUAUUUUAUUUAUAAAAUUAUGUAUUUAUUUUAUUGUAGUUUUUAAUAAUAAUUGUAAACAGCAGCAGCAUCAGAUCACAAACAAGGAAGACACCAAAAAUUAGCAAGCCUUAGGUAUUUAUUAUAAUUUAUUCCACUAUUUAUUUAUUUAUUUAUUAUUUUUAUGGUCUCUUAUUAACUUUUU